AUGGCAAAGCUCCCGAGCAGCCAGGUCCGCCGGGUCGAUUCUGAUAGUUCAUCAGUCAGUUGGGGUCUUGAAUACCUCCAGGAAGAAAAGAUCACGCCUCUAACCUGGAUCGAGUCCCCCGUAUCAUCCGCCGACAAGGAAACGGGCGAAAUCCGCCUGUUUGUGCGGCACAACGCAAACACCAUCGAGCUUUUCUCCGACCUCUUCUUCGUCGCGAAUCUCGAGACAUUCACGCAGAUGCACUCCAUCACCAAUCUAGGCAGUCUCGCGGCUUAUCUCGGCUUCUUCAGCAUCAUCUGGUUCACCUGGUUCCAGAUCACGUUGCACGAUGUCCGCUUCUCUAUCGACUCCGGGUACGAGCGCAUGUGCAAGAUUUUGCAAUUCUUGAUGUUUGUCGGGUUCGCGCUAGUAGGGUCUUCGUUUAGUCCCGGGACGAAGGAGCACAACAACGCGAACUUCCAACUGCUAUGCAAUAUCCUGUUCGCAACCCGUCUGCUGCUCGUUGCGCAGUAUUCCGUUGCCCUACACUUCGUGCGCAAGAAGACUAGAGCUUUGAACUGGCCCCUCUCCCUUACUAUCGUCCUCUUCAUCUUCUCCGGCGGGUCCUUCUACUCAAUGACGCCGGCUUUCUCACCCGAGUCUGGCAAUGGCUUGGGGAUCUACUACGUCUGGUACAUCAUCCUAGUUAUAGAGAUUGCGAUUACCCUGGGCAUAUCAUCUGUGUGGAAGAACCUUAGCUUCAAGCACACGCACUUGACGGAGAGAAUGGGCCUCUUCACCCUCGUAAUCAUUGGUGAGGGCGCUAUCGGCGCAACCAAAACCAUCGGCAUCAUCAUGGGGAACACUGGGCUGCGACUAGACGCCUGUCUUGUUAUUGGUUGCAUCGUCUUCAUCCUUAUGUUCUGCUGGAUGCUCUACUUCGACAACCCCCCGGAAUGCAAGUUCGGCACAGUACGCCAGCAAAUCUGGGCCGUCCUACACUUCCCCUUCCAUCUCGGCAUGAUCGGCGUCGUCGAAGGAUCCCAGCAAAUCGCGCUGGCGUGGCAGGUUCUGAGCUACUUUGGCGACUUCUUCAGCGAUGUACGCAAAGCCUGCGUCACCAAUAACCAAGACGGCCAGGACCUGACCACCUCCAUUGUCACCUCAUUCAAUGGCUUAACAAUGCCCGACAGCGCUGAAACGCGCGCCAUGGUUCCGCUUAUUUACCAAGAGAUCUACAAGGUCGGUAACAUCACCGGCGUCUGCUCAGUAACAAACACAACAGGAGGCGAUUCCCUGUUCCUGCCGGACGAGUUUCGUAUCCUCACCAAGCGCGUCCUCGGCGUGCUUUUCGAAUCGUACAACGGCGUCAGCUCGUCUGGAGGCGAAGACAUCGGAGAGGUGGCACACCCUGCGUACUCGACUGUGUAUAUUUACUACUGGUCUUCCUUCCUCUUUGUUGUGGCUUUAUUCGCUGUGUUCAUCAUCAUUACCAGGCACAAGGACCGACCGCUCAACAUAUUCGAUAAGGCGGCCAUUACGACGCGAGGCCUAGCUGCCCUUCUGGCCGCCGGGCUGGCCGCUGGUGCAGCGUCGGAGAAGUUCAUUUUCACGUACCUCAAGAGUAGCGCCACCUUGCCCACCGUCGCGUUGAUAUUCUUGGUUAUUUUGGCCGUCGACCGGUACACGAAACAUUUGAGCGCCAAGACAUUGAGGCGGAACCUGACAGAGACUUCUGAGUUCUGGGAGAGGGGUUUGGCAGAAAGGGGCAUAUCAGAGCCGUCGUUGGUAGGUAAGGCUUAA